ACGUCCGUCCUUAAGAUGGCGGUGGCGGUGCGGCGGCUGCGCCCGGUGGCGGCCCCGGGGGGCUCCCGGUGCUGCGGGGCCGCUUCGUGGGGGGCCCGGGAGCGCUCGUACUGGCAGGCCCUGCGGCGGCGGGUGCUGGGCCCCCCCGUGCCGCCCUUCUCGGAGCCGUGCCAGGUGGGCACACCGGUGCUGCGCGCCCCCGCCGCCGCCGUGCCCGCGGAGCAGCUGGGCAGCCCCGAGCUGCGGGCGCUGGCGGCGGCGUUGGCAUCGGGGCUGCGGCGGGGCCCGUGCGUGGGGCUGAGCGCCCCGCAGCUCGGCGUGCCCCUGCGGGUCUUCGCCGCCGAGCUGUCGCCCGCCCGCUGCAGCCGCUACCCCGCGGCGCUGCGCAGCGCCCAGCGCAUCGAGCCCUUCCCGCUGCGCGUCCUCGUCAACCCCGCGCUCCGCGUGCUCGACGCCCGCCUCGUCACCGCGCCCGAGGGCUGCGCCAGCCUCCGCGGCUUCUCCGCCUGCGUGCCGCGGCACUGGGCCGUGCACGUCUCCGGCGUGGACGAGAGCGGGCAGCCGGUGAGCUGGGAGGCGUCGGGCUGGGCCGCCCGCGUCAUCCAGCACGAGCUGGACCACCUGGACGGCGUGCUCUUCAUCGACCGCAUGGACAGCCGCACCUUCGCCAACACCGCCUGGAGCCAGCUCCUCGACUGACGCCGCACGGCAGCGGCACCGGGCACCCCCAGCACGGCUUCAUCGCGGCAACACAGCGCGCGGUGCGGCGCCCCCCCCCCCCCCCCCCGCCUCGUGUCCUGUCUGCAAACUGGGGUGUGCUGGGCCUCGUCCGCCCCCCCCUGCCCCCAGCAGCACCCAGGCCAUGGGAGGGAAGGGGCUGGGGUGCAGGCUGCUGGCUGGGGGGAUGCGGGGUGGGGGGGGGGUGUCCUGCAGCUGGGCACCGUCUGAAGCU